AUGCGAGUACAAUUUAAUGGAUACAAGCUCAAGAUUGAGAUAAUAAUGUCAGAGGAGGCGCGAUAUUGGAGGCGAUCUAUCAUUGAAUUAAAUCGACAAAAACGCAAAAAACAUGACAAAGAAAAUGAAAACAAACAUGGUACAACAUUGUGCACAUCCGACAUCGAUGAAUCCAAUGAUACAGACAAUUGUGGCGAUGAUUUUACAGAGUUAUCACUCAUACCGAGCGGUGAUAUAAAUGAGAUGUUAUACGAGAAGGCAUUUAUACUGGGAAUGAAUGUCAUGUCUAUCGCCCGUCCCAUCACUGAUCGCAAUAUAUUCAAUGAAUUAGAGGGCAAUCGCUUUCGUAAACUCUUAAACGCCACGAAUAAACCGGAGACUCAGUUAUCGAGAAAUAUCAAUACAUUACCGGUUAAGACAUACAAAGACUUUAUGAAAAUCUCGGACAUUCAGCGAGAAAUCGAUAUUAAAUACUUGGCCAGAAGGUACACGCGCUUCGCUGUAUCACAUAUUAUGUAUUUCCUGAUUAUUUACCUGAACGACGAUAAAACUGCUUUAGUCUUAAGCACCGCUUAUGUCCGAGAGGUUGAGCCGGACGUUGAAUCCCAUAUGACAGCAAUAGUAUUGUUCAAUCCGUAUCGUCCGGGACUUAAAUAUAGAGAUACCGUAAAACUACAGCAACACAUUUACAUGCAUUUACUUAAACGGUAUUUAAUGAUGAAAUACGGGACCGAAAGUGAGGCCAACGAGAAGUUUAUGCACUUGUAUUACUUGGAUAUGAGAUGCAAACAAUACGCGUUGCAGAGACAACAGGUUCCGCUCCCACCACUGCUCCGGGAGGUCAUCAACACAUAA